AUGUCAACACAAACUUACAAGGCGCUGGACUCGGCGGACAUUGUUCCGGACAAGAUGGCGGUGUUCCAAGAAUGCUUGCAGCAGUUCAACGCGCUGCCUGUCAAUGCCAAAAAAUGCCGUCAGCUUUUGGCCAAAUUGUUGAGAUUGAUCUACCAGGGGGAGGUUUUCCCGCCCAAGGAGGCCACCAAGUUGUUUUUCUCCAUUUCCAAGUUGUUCCAGCACAAGGACUCGUCGUUGCGUCAAUUGGUGUACUUGACGAUCAAGGAGCUUGCGGCCACGUCGCUGGACAUUUUGAUGGUGACUUCGUCCAUUAUGAAGGAUAUCCAAUCGGGCGAUUUGAUCUACAAGCCUAACGCGAUCCGGACAUUGUCCAAAGUGUUGGAUCCAACCACGGUGUCUGCGUCGGAGAGAUUGUUCAAAAACUGUCUUGUGGACAAGAACCCCAUUGUUUCUUCUGCGGCUUUGACCUCGUGCUACAACUUGUUGCCGAUCGCCAAAGAUGUGGUGAAGCGCUUCACAAACGAAACUUUGGAGACCAUUCAAAGCUACAAACAGUUCCCUCCAAACCAGUUUCAAUUGCACGAGUACUAUGGCAGCUCCACCACGAACUUGCCUUCCAACUCGUACAUGUACCAAUACCACGCAUUGGGCUUGUUGUACCAGUUGCGGAACCACGACAAGAUGUCGUUGAUGAAGCUUAUCACGACCUUGUCUGAAGGAUCGGCCUUGAAGAACUCCUUGUCUAUCAUCCAGCUUAUUCGCUACAUCAACAAGGUUUUGCUCGAUGACGAAUCUUUGAUUACCCACUUGUACCCAAUUUUGGCCAGCUUCAUGAAGCAUAAAUCCGAUAUGGUUGAGUUGGAGGCGUGCAAGACCUUGGUUUCUUUGCAACAUUUGAUCAAAGACGAUGAGUUUAUGUCUAUCAUUCUCACUUUGCAGAAGUUGAUGGGUGUGCCAAGAACGGCUACUAGAUUCGCUGCUGUUCGCUUGAUCAGCAAGAUCUCCAUGAAGCACCCAGAAAAAAUCAUUGUGGUGAAUUUGGAAUUGGAAAGCUUGAUUAAUGAUCCAAACAGAUCCAUUUCCACCUUGGCCAUCACUACUUUAUUGAAAACCUUGGGUGUUGGCACAGUCGAGUCUUCCAGCUCUGAGAGCGUGGACAGAUUGAUUUCCAAGAUGACAUCCUUGAUGGAUGAAAUUACCGAGGACUUCAAAGCUGUGAUUAUCGAUGCAAUUGAAAACUUGGCGUUGAAGUUCCCCUCUAAACACAAGAAGUUGGUGGCUUUCCUUUCUGACUUGUUGAGAGACGAUGGCACAUUGCAGUUGAAAUCCAGCAUUGUCGAAGCUUUGUUUGACUUGAUCAAGUUUUUGCCUGAUGAGAGCGCCAAGCAAACUAUCUUGAUGAACUUGUGUGAGUUCAUUGAGGACUGCGAGUUCACGGAAUUGUCUGUGCGUAUUUUACACCUCUUGGGUGAUGAAGGUCCUAAUACUUCCAAUCCUUCGUACUACAUCAGACACAUCUAUAACCGUUUGGUGUUAGAAAACUCCAUUGUCAGAUCCUCGGCGGUGAUUGCAUUGGCCAAAUUCGCUGCAGUUUGUGACGACGAAGUGGCCUCCAACGUCAAAAUCUUGUUGAGCAGGUGUUUGAACGAUGUCGAUGAUGAAGUCAGAGACCGUGCUGCUUUGUCGUUGCGAUUCCUCGGCAACAACCAGAAACAGUUGGUUUUGAACGAGUCCAGAUUCAACUUGGCCGCUUUGGAGAGCAAAUUGACUGGAUAUUUGAACAACGAGGAGAACUUUGGCCAGAAGUUUGAUAUUUCCCAAGUCCCACUUCUCACUAAGGACGAGGUGAAAUCGUUGGAAUACAACUCCAAACUCAAGAAGUUGGAAAAUGCUACAGAGGGUGCCGACACCGCAGAGCCUUCUUCUGGAAACACCGAAGCAAACUCUGCCAAGGGAACUUCGGACGGCGCCGCAGACGAGUACUUGAAGCAACAAGAGUACGCUGCCAAGUUGGCUAAUGUUCCAGAUUUUGCUAACUACGGUAAGUUGAGCAAAUCAUCAUCUGCCCCAAUUUACUUGACCGACAAGGAAAACGAGUUUGUGGUGACAGUUGUCAAGCAUUUCUUCAUCGAGAGCCAGAAAUUGGUGUUACAGUACGACAUUACAAACACCUUGCCAUCUUUGGUUUUGCAAGAUGUUUCCAUCAUUGCGCAAUCUGACAAUGACUUGUACGUUGAGGACUUUGUGAUUCCAUUGGCGGAGUUGAGACCUGACCAAACCGAAAGCGUAUUUGUGUCCUUCUCCACCCCUACAAUUGGAGACGAUGACAUUUUAGCUGCUUUCGGCAACACUCUCAGUUACACCAGUAAAGACAUUAUCGAUAGCGAAGGUGGAAUUGAUCCAGCGGACGAAGGCUUGGAAGACGAGUAUCAGAUCGAAGACUUGGAAAUUUCGGCGGGCGAUUUCAUCACACCUAUGUACAACUCCAAUUUCAGCAGCAUCUUCGACCAAUUGCCUGAGGAAGAAAGCAGUGUUGUCAGUGUUGCAGGUGUCAACGGAUUAGAGGCUGCGGUAGUUAAACUCACAAAGACGUUCAACGGCAUGCCUUUGGAUGGAUCUGACUAUGUUCCUGCGGACUCUACAUCCCACGUUUUGAAGUUGUUGGGCAAGGACGUUUGGGGCGGUAAAGUUGGGGUUUUGGUGAGAUUAGCGCUCACGAGCGGAAAAGUCAUGGCUAAGGUGCAAGCACGCAGUGAAACCGAAGGGUUUGCUGCGAUUGUGGCCAACGGGGCCGUCUAA